UUCUAUGCAAACUGAGUCUGCAGGAGGAGCACAUUAUGUUUGGGGGGAUCGGCAUGAGAUGUAGUAUCGUCAGUUUUGCCUCGCAGCAUUCCCUUUCACCACGAGUGGGACUAAAUACAAAAAACGCAUUUAUCUGCCUCAAUGUGUGUGACAGAGGAGUCUGCUCUUGUUCUUUGCCAAACAUAUACCAGAUGACCAGCCUGGUGCCCUCCCUGAUUCAGAGCAAAACCAAGGUCAAUUGUCUGUGUGUGCUUGUGUUCCUGAGCUUCCCCCUCACCAUGGGUGAGGUGCCCGGCCCCUGCAGACAUUCCAUAACCAGGGAGCACCUCAUGACGCUCAGACACCUGAUGGAUAACCAGUUUAGUAGUGGGUGUAUGAUUACCUACACAUUUAUAGAGCGGAAGGAUUUGAGCAAAUGUUGCUUUGUAAAAGCGGCCUUACCGUGGAUCUUGGAGCUGCUUGCGACCCACUUCAAGUACAGCAGGGGCUCGGUUAACGAGGGUUACGUUCAGUCUCUGAGGGCGCUCAUUCUCAACAUCUACUCUCAGAAAUGUGUUCCUCAGAUUAACGAGGAAGUUGAGGACAAACCAGAAAGUUUUGAAGUGUCCUUUCAACAGUCUCCUCUCGAAGCACUUAGGAGGGCCUUGGAGGUGUUGUCUGUCUACUGGGAGCUUAUGACCACCAUGGAGGGGCCUGUAGACUGGCAGUGUGAGAGUGAAUACACUGUAGCCUUUGUGGUCAGCACAGAAGUACCUACCAACCUGCCCACCGUCCACUUUACAACAGACAGGGCUGAGAAGUACUCAAUGAACGCGUCCCCGAGACGUUUGGAAACAGAUUUUUAUAAACUUGGCUUUAUAAUCACUUCCAUCUGCGGAGGAAUUCUGAUUAUAUUCUUCCUCUCCUACAUGUUCUUACAAAAGAUUCGGCGGAGACAUGCAGAUCACAGACCUGGAGCCAUGAUAAUAUUCAGCAGAGAGCUGCAAACCACAGUUCUGGAGGCAUGAUAAUGGAGGAGCUCCCAGAACUUAAAGGCAAUGACAGCACAUGAAUUGAGCAGUGUAUGACGAACACAUGAAGGUGAACAUUCGAUUGAUUAAUCAUCAAGGACACAAGAGUUAACAUAUUUUCAUAUGUAUAAUGUACCAUCUGAACCAUAUGUCAUCAGAGCUUGGCUUUAAGUGGAAGCAAGAGUUUUUAUUUAGAAUAAUGUGCUUUGCAUAUUAAUGUUUAUGCUGUAUCCAUGGCUUAUAUUUUUCUAUUUAGUUGAGAAAACAAAAUAUUUAUUUUUACAAUAGUUAUCUAUGUUGAACAAUUUGUCUAUCAUAUGUAACAUAAACACUUUCUUAUCUAUUGUUAAAGCUGUUUCCCAAAUGUUUCAACCACUAAUUUAUUAUAUGUUAAAACUGUCUGUAUAAUAAUAAUCUAUUGAUGCAUUAAAAAUCCAUAUUAAAUUACCUCUGCAACGCUUUGAUAACAGUGGGAAUGAAAUGUGACACCCAACAAAAUCCCUUUGAGACAUCCGAUCUAUUAACACUAGUGGAUUGGUUAAGGUCGUGAUCCUUUUAUUGCCUGUUGGUUUAACUUUCCAUUUCAUAAGACUCUCAAAGCUCCAGCCAAACUUCAAAAGAGUGGGCCUUUUUAGGAGGCCUACCCUGCCAAAAAUAAUGUUAACCAAGGCAUCCUCCUCUUAAAAAGAUUCUGGGGAACAAUAAAAACAUACUGGCUAUAAGGAAAGAAAACAAAACAUAUGAUUAAACUUUGUAUUAAAUGUUUAAUACUUUGGAUUACGUAAACCAUGAUCAAAGCCUGGCAACAAUACAUUAUGUUAUUAAAGGCAGUAAAAAAUAAUGGAAUGUGGCGUUUCUGAUUCUUAAAGGAUAAAGGGGUUUAUAAUGCUGUCUUUCAGACAGGUGAGCAUUAUAUGUUGCGUAACAACUGUUUUGUUUUCAUAGUGAUAGCAUGACAUGUGGAUCCCAGAGGAUUACAUCCCUGACCUUUUUUGUGGAAAUGGCUGCUACAUGUGAUCAUGUGCAUGUGUGGGGCCUAAAGCCUAUAUUUUAUCUCUGUCACAAUACAAAUCCCUCGAAAGUCCAAAAAUAUGUGAGGAGUGGAUUGUAAAAAAAACUUCAAAGAUUACUACUGAUCAUUGUAAAUAAAAGUAUAGUUGAUGUGCAA